CCACUGACAUAAAACACACACAAAGCAUUUAUUUAAGUUUUGGUCAGCCGAUACAGUUGGUGGCAGUAAUGAGUAUAAUGAAGUCUGCAUACCACGAUUGAACCACAGAAGAAGAAAUGCUGUCGUCAUAUUUGUGAGACGCAGUUAUUUUAUUUUACUGGUGUUACGAGCGCAAUUUAGCUAAGAAGCUGUGCUAUCAAUUAUGGCAACCUCCAAAAAGGGAAAGAAAGUGGUAAAUCAAGAGGAGCUCCGGCGGCUGAUGAGGGAGAAACAAAGACAAACCGCGGACAAAAAGCGCAUCGAGUCUCCGUUCGCUAAAUACAACAGCCUGGGCCACCUCAUUUGCACCGUGUGCGGUGUGCAGGUGAAGUCUGAACUGCUGUGGCCAGCUCAUGUUCUCGGGAAGCAACAUAAAGAAAAAGUUGCUGAACUGAAGUCCGGGAAAAGUCAACCAGCGGCACCACAAUGUCAAACCGGGAAGAGGAAAGCCUCGGACAACGACGAAGACGGCACUGGGAAAAAGGUAAAGGCAGCGUCGCCUGCGGGUCAGUCGGCACCAGCUGAAGGUGUACCUGGAGAUUUCUUCGAGAAGCCCAGCGACAAAGCUUCUGCCCAAAGGUCUGCAGGACUCAGUCUAUUGGCAGGAGUUUACGACGACGAGGAGGACGACGAAGAAACUGGCGAGGCGAAUCCUGCUCAGAAGGUUGAAGCCGCAGGAUUACCAUCUGACUUCUUUGACUGCUCCAUCCCACCGACACCUGCCAUUUCCCAUUCGGGAUCCAUCCUCAAAGCAGACGCGCAAGAAAAGAGCGCUGAAAAGAAAGACAACACCGCAGAGGCGCUGCCCGAGGGCUUUUUCGACGAUCCCGUCAGAGACGCCAAAGUGCGUAAUGUCGACGCGCCCAAGGAUCAAAUGGACAAGGAGUGGGAAGAGUUUCAAAAGGAGAUAAGACAGGUUAACACCAAAUCAGAAGCCAUCGUGGCAGAGGACGACGAAGAAGGGCGUCUUGAACGUCAGAUUGACGAAAUUGAUGAACAAAUUGAGUGUUAUAAAAGAGUUGAACUGCUCAGAGAUAAGAGGGAUGUGCUGAAAAGCAAACAUGCGCCCAAAGAGAGCGAACGGAUGGAAACAGAGAGCGUUGAAGAAGAGGAGGAUGAUGAUGAAGAGGUGUUGUUGGGGCUUUUGUCCCAGGACUGGAGGGCUAAAGGGGCUCUGGCUUAGUGGUUGUGAUUUAUAGAAAUGUAACAGGAAUUAUUUUGUGCAAAAAAGUAACAUUUAGAGAUUUGUAAAUAUGUUUUUGUUACAAAAAUGAUCGCAUAAGAUUUUGUAUGUUUCAAAAAAUGAUUAUAAAAAAUUGCACGUGUGAAAGAAA